AUGUCGGACUCACAGCAAGAUGCAGUGACGUACCGACUCAACUCCACAGUUAAAUUGGCGGAACCAAGCGCAGUCCCAGACAACAAAUACAUACGAGUGGCUGAUUAUUAUGCAGGGAAAUCUGUUUUCAUUACAGGCGCUACUGGGUUCCUAGGGAAGCUGUUCGUAGAGCGUCUGCUGUAUAAUUGCAAAGAUAUUGAAGCGAUAUACAUCUUGAUCAGAUCCAAGAAAGGGGAAGGCGUUGAGAGAAGACUUCAAAAUAUAUUUGAUGUACCGAUAUUUGAUAAAUUAAAAGAAGUAAGACCAAAUGAUUUAAAGAAGGUAAUUGCCAUCGAAGGAGACGUGACUUCCCCUAGGUUGGGUAUAAAAGAUGAAGACGAACAGAAAUUGAUUGAUCAGGUUUCCGUAGUAUUCCAUUCAGCGGCUACAGUUCGCUUUGCAGAUCCUUUUAGAACAACGAUGGCUGUUAAUUUUGAAGGGACCAAGAAAGUGAUGGACUUAGCUAAGAGUAUGAAAAAAUUGGAAACGUUUGCUUAUUUAUCUACUGCUUUUUCAAAUGCACCAAAAAUUGCCAUUGACGAAAAAAUUUACCCGCCAAUUAAGAAUUUGGAUGAAGUAACACAAUUCAUAGAACAUCACGGUACUGAUGAGGCGAGAAUCGAGGAAUUUAAAGGUCAUCAUCCAAAUAUCUACGCGCUGUCGAAACUGCUUAGUGAACAUUUAGUGAAUGAGUAUCGAGGGAAGAUGCCUUCCAUCAUCAUUCGACCUUCUGUCGUGGGUCCCAUUCUACAUGAGCCUUUAAAGGGCUGGACUGAUAACUGGGUGGCCUCAACUGCUACGUUCAGCAACGCCGCCAGGGGACUGAUGUCGAUGCAGUACGGCAGUCGGGACACGGUCUGCGAUCUCAUUCCCGUGGAUUAUGUCACAAACUUCUCUUUGGUUGCUGCUGCUAGAGGCAAUAAGACUGAUGAAGUUUUAGUCUACAAUAUUUGCAGUAGUUCACAGAAUCCAAUCUCUUGGCGUUAUGCGUCUGAUUUGUUUCUAGAAGAAAGUAGAAAACAUGGAUACUGCAUACAAAAGAACACCUCCGUGCUAUACACCUCCGGGACUUACUAA